GAGCGAGUUCGAUCGUCGACUAUAGUCUAUUACCGGAAGAUGAGUUUCUUUCGUUUCUGAUCAAACGUGCAUUAGUCAAACCGUAGUUCCUGUCAUGGCGGUGUGUAACAAAUUUUUAACGUUUUUCAAUAUCAUCCAAGGAAAUCAUGUCAUUUACGCACAGGAAUUUGCAAGGCUCCAAGCCAAGACUGUUAGUUUGGCCUUGAUUCAGUCCAGAGAUUCGGUGCCAAAAAUAACCAGUUACAUGCAGGAUGUGUAUCCAAACUUUGAAAUUCCAGAAAACAUAGACGAUUUCUCUGCUCACUUCAGAAUAAGUAGGAACUUAUUUGAAAUAGUCUUACAGGAGGUUUACCAGACUUUAAAGUUGGGAGGUACUGGAAGAUAUGAAGCAAUAACUCCAGAUAGGCAACUUUUGUUGACUUUGUGGUACCUUGCCAACUUGUCAUCAAUGAGGGAAGUUGCUCACAUCUUUGGACUUUCCAAGUCAACAGUCCAUGAAACUAUAUUCAGGGUGAUCAGUGCAAUAAUAGAGCAUCUUAGUGUAAGGGUUAUAGUUUGGCCUUCUGCGAACAGACAGCGGGACAUUGCAAAUGAUGUACAGCAGGUGUGUAGACUACCUGGUAUAAUUGGGUUUCUUGAUGGAACCCAUGUACGUCUCUCUUCUGCUCUGAAAGGUGAUCGGGAUUAUUACAACAGGAAGGGUUACCCAUCAUUACAACUACAGGCUGUGGUUGACCAUGAAAUGAGAUUCACAAACAUAUAUACCGGGUGGCCAGGCUGCGUCCAUGAUGCUCGAGUCCUGCGCAAUUCAUCUUUAUAUAGAGCAGCCGAAGCAGGGGAAUCUGUCCUUCAGGGUCACCAUAUUUUAGCGGACAGUGCUUAUCCUCUUAGAAACUGGCUUAUUGUUCCAUUCAAAAAUUUUGGUAACUUAAACCCGCAGCAAGUAAGAUUUAAUAAACGACUAUCAUUAGUGCGCCAAACUGUUGAGAGGGCAUUUGGUCAUAUGAAAGGAAGAUUUAGAAGGAUCCAGGAAAUUCCACUUCACAACAUCGAAGAAAUCUGCAAUGUUAUUCAUGCUGUGUGCAUUUUACACAACCUGUGCAUAGAUAAUGCAGAUAAUAUUGAUGAUUACAUACAUCGAGAUCCAGAUGACGACCCAAAUCAAAAUAUGAACAUCUAUCAGAAUGGACAGGAGGGCAUAAUCAGACGUUUACAGCUUGUGAACAUUCCAUAGUUUAAAUUUCAUAAUCAGACUUUUACACCUUGUGAACAUUCCAUAGUUUAAAUUUCAUAAUCAGACGUUUACACCUUGUGAACAUUGCAAAGUUCAAAUUUCAUAAUCAGACGUUUACACCUUUUGAACAUUCCACAGUUCAAAUUUCAUAAUCAGACGUUUAUACCUUGUGAACAUUCCAUAGUUUAAAUUUCAUAAUAAGACGUUUACAGCUUGUGAACAUUCCACAGUUAAAAUUUCAUAAUCAGAUGCUUAUUUCAUUUUAAAUUUCAUUUACACUGCAACUACAGAUGUGUAUAUAUAUGUUGCAUUUGUAUGCUCUGAUGACAUGGUCAGUUUAAUAUUAUUUAUAUUCAUGAGUAACCUGUAUUAACACAUAUUCUGUGCUUUUUUCCAACAGUGGAGUUUUUAAUUAUAACCGGAGAAAAAGAUCAGGAAAUGGUUUUUUUAAUUUUUUCAACACAAUUUAAACAAUGAAGUGUGCUGAUCUGUGUAUAGAAGUAAACUUUCCAGAUGUU